AUGAUAAGAGAGGCUUACCAUGCUGGUUCUUGGUACACUGAUCAAGAAUCGUUGUUAGAUAAAGAACUUACAAAUUGGUUAUCAAAAGUUCCAUCGAAAACAAAAGAUGACAUACCAAUACCAAUUCCUGGAGCUCGUGCUAUCAUUGCUCCACAUGCCGGAUACUCGUAUAGUGGACAAGCGUCUGCGUUUGCUUAUAAAUGUAUAGAUCCUGAAUCUGUAAAACGAGUUUUUAUUCUUGGACCAUCUCAUCAUGUUUAUCUUACUAAGUGUGCAUUAUCACAAUGUACAGAGUAUAUCACACCUUUAGGAAAUUUGACUUUGGAUACUGAAGGUAAUUGGCAUUUUGAUAAAAUGGAAAAAACUGUUGAUGAAGAAGAACAUAGUAUAGAAAUGCAUCUUCCAUAUACUUAUAAGAUUUUUGAAAGCAAGAUAAACUCUAUCAAAAUUGUACCAAUUAUGGUUGGCUCAUUAUCUUCAAGCAAAGAAGAAUUUUAUGGGAAAUUAUUAGCACCAUAUCUUGCUGAUCCAUCCAAUUUGUUUAUUAUUUCAUCAGAUUUUUGUGCAGAUUAUCCUUUUUCUUCUAAUAACAAUAAUGAAAUUCACCAACCAUCAUCAAUUUCAAUUCCAAUUUAUAAAUCAAUUGAAAACCUUGAUCGUGAAGGAAUGUCAAUUAUUGAAACAAUCAAUCAUAAAAAUUUUGUUAAUUAUCUUCAAAGAACUAAAAAUACUAUUUGUGGAAGACAUCCUAUUGGAGUUUUGUUGGCUGCAAUUGAAGCAUUACCUAAUACUUCUACUGCAGCUAAUACAAUGGAAGCAGUGUCAGAAACUGCUAAUUCUGGCGAAUCAUCGCUGUCAUCAAAAAUACCCAAGAUUAGAUUUGUACAUUAUUCACAAUCUAGUAGAGUAGUGAAUAAGAAUGAUAGUAGUGUUAGUUAUGCUUCUGCUUAUGUUUAUUUGCCAUGA